GGACCUGUCGCAAGAUGCUCCAGGCGGCCGUCCCGUUCGCCCUGCGGACCCCGAAGGGGCAGCAACACGAGUACCAGGCAUCCAUCGUCAAAGAGCUCACGGACUUGUACGCCCAGGCCGAACAGCGGCACGUGGCCGACCUGGCCGGCGCGAAGGCCGCCGCCGCGGAGCACGAGGAAGCUUGCGAGGCCGCCCGGGUGACCUUGGAGGCAACGACGGAGCGCGUGGCCAACCUCCUGAAGGCGAAGGAGGCCAAGAACGCGGCGUACGAGACCGCGACGGACGGGGUCAAGAUGGCGAAAGUUGCGCUGCAGGCUGAGCAGGAGAAGGUCGCCUCCAUCGCCGCCGACAGGGCCGAGGCGGCGGCGAAGCUGUCGGAGUUCGGCCAGGUGAUGCAGGACGACCUUGCGAAGCUCAAGAACUCCGAAUUCCCGAGCAAGGAGUGGCGCGCCAGGAGCGCACACCGCAGGGCGUGGGGUUAG